AUGUAUGCUAUACUGUGGCCUUUGUUUCUAGAUUCGAAAUCUCUUACUCUCGUCGUUUACAACCACAGCACGUACACUAGCAACCGUUUCUUUGAUUCUAUUGGGCGUUGGCUACGACUGGCCUGGUUUUAUAUGCCCGAGACUACCGUAAAAAUCACCGGAACGCAUUCAGAAACUAUGACAACUGAGCAAGUUGAGAAGACACUUUCUUUGGUGAAGGCUGAUGUAAGUGAAUAUAUCGAACGACACCGGCAAAAUAUACAAAAAGAAAUGGCGGAUAUUUUGAGCUUAAUUUCAUCAAGCAACCAACCAAAAGAAAACCUAGACAAAAAACUUUUAUACUCGCGACAGGAAAAGCUAAGUUACAUUUUACAAAUACCAAAAGUACAGUCUAAUCCCAGUGCCGUUUCUUGUGACACCUGCAAAGACGGCGUUGGAAAUCUUGUCAAAGAGUUGGAGACAUUGACGGUUAUUCGAUCUUCGUUUCCCCACAUCCACCAGCGAGUGCAUUCAAGCUGGCAUCUUUUUCGCGUUGCCAUCAAAAAACGAACUGACCGGUUAUUCCUAUCUUGGGAAGAGAUUCUAGAAAUAACAGAGGAAUUUCCUCCCCUGGAUCACGAUAACGACUCGCUUUACGAAUGUUUACGGCACCUUCAUAAUACGGGCGAAAUUUUGUGGUAUUCUAGCGAGGAAGACGUCUCCCAGUUCAUUUUUCACCAACCUCAGAUGUUUGCAAAUUUACUUGCUGAUCUCUUCCGUAACGAUCUUUCUGAUUGGCUGACUGAAACCAAUAAAGUUUUAGCGUGCAGAGGAGUUAGAAAGCAAGAUACAAAUCUGAAAUUAAUUCCUUUUUCUCCCAUGCCCUAUUUUACUUGGGGACACACACACACACUCUCUCUCUCUCCUCUCUCUCUUCCCCUCUCUCUCUCUCUUUUCCCCUCUCUCUCUUCCCUCUCUCUCCCCCUCUCUCUCUCUCCUCUCUCUCCCCUCUCUCUCCUACCUCUCUCUCUCUACCUCUCUCUCCCCCUCUCUCUCUCUCUCUCUCUCAUACGCUAA